UUUUUAUUGACUAUUCAAACCCAAACAAAUACACUUUGUAGCCCAAGUCCAAUAAUGACCCGGUCCUAACUAAAUACUUAUCUAACAUUAAUUAAGACAGAGAAAGUACAAAGUAGUCUUCACUUUCCUCUUCUCAGCUGGCUGCCAGUUCUUCGCUCUUUCUACUUCAACUUGCCGUCUUGACUUCCAUUAGCUAUCGGCUUAAUUUACCUCAGGUUAGACAGUAGUGCUCCAUGUGGUGAAGAUCUGACCAAUUGCUCUUCACAGGUGGUCUGGCUGUAUCCCCACAGGCUCCGUUGAAAAAUCGAUCUUCACGUCACAAUGGCCACAAUCAGAGUGACAGAAAAUAAUUCAGAGCAACACCACCAUUCACGAAUGGAGACAAUCUCAAAGGCAAUAAAAUCAAUAGCAUUCAAGAAACAACAGAUAACUAGAGAAUUCGAAAAGGGCGAUCAAGUUGAAGUGGCUAGUCAAGAAUAUGGCUUCAUAGGCUCUUACUAUAGAGCAACUAUUGUUUCUUCCGUUGGCCCUUACCAUUACAAAGUCAAGUACAAUACUCUCUUGACUGAUGAUAAAUCCGCUCCACUAGAGGAGAUUGUCACUGCAGCCGAGGUCCGCCCUGUGCCACCUGAUCAACAUGAAACACUUUCAGAGAAUGGAUUUUGCCGGUAUGAUAUGGUUGAUGUAUUUGCCAACGAUGGAUGGUGGUUUGGAUUUAUCAGUGGAAAAGUUGGACAAGAGUACUACGUCUACUUCCCUACAACCGGAGAUAACAUUGCAUAUCCAUCUCAUGUGUUGAGAUUUCAUCAAGAAUGGUCUAAUGGCCAGUGGAUCUUUCUUCCAAGACAAGGAAAGGAUUUUCGACCUGCACUGAUUUCGAUUUCAAGAAACGUUUAAUUUACUGUAGUGUAAUGGGAAUAUGACUUAUUAAUCAUUCUCCUUAUGUUAAUUCGUGUUUAGUUGCAAAAUUGUUACGUAUUUGAUUUCUGAUGAUGCAACCAUUUGAUUUUUCUCUCUUUCCA